UUCGCUAUAUGUAAUACAACCAUCGUGUGGUUAUCAAUUCACCGGGCACGAGAGAAGCACGAGAAAAAAGAAUUAAUUUCCAUUUUUAAAUUUAUUUAUCAAACUUCAAAAUUUGCUAAUUUUUUCCACUCUUUGGAAAUUUAGAGAAAAACCAGGGCAAAAAUUGGAAAUAAAAUUUUAAAAUAAAUCAAAGUAAAUAUAAUUUCGGAAAUUAAAAAAUUUUUCCCUGCUUCAAAUUUUUAACUCUCACUUUUAUACUUGAGAGAGGAACGAACACAACGCACACGUUGGUGAUAAUAACAAUAAUAACAAAAAUAAUGUGAAUUAGGUCAAUGUUGCCAAGAAAUUGAAGGAAUAUUUUUGAUGAAUAUCCAAAACUUACGGUAACUUGGAAUUCAUCGAGUGUUUCAAAGGAGAACAAAUUGAAAUAAAUGUAAAAUUGAGAAGAGAAAUAUAGAAAUAAUAAUAAUACAAUAUGUUGCUAAAUGGAGAAUGGAUUAAAAUUAUUUAACAUAAUUCUGAAAUAGAAGGAAAAAAGUGAGAGGAGAAGUGAGGGAAACGGAGAAAAAAAAGAGACAAUGAAGUGAGGGAAUUAGUAACGAAGACAUGUGUAAAUUCUAGUCAUAUUGGUGGAAUGCAGUUACGGUGAACGCCUGUCACUUGAUUAUGUCUUUAUGACUCAGUGCUUAUCGAACCUGCGCUCACUAAAAAUUCAACAACAAUAUAUAUUCGCCAUUAAUUAUUUAAGCAUGUGCUCAGUUAGUGACAAUUGUGAAAAUGAGACACAAAUUUAAUAUCUUCAUAGCGCUCUUCCUACUUCUUUCAAUAGCUAAUUUUGCCAAAGCAUAUAUUGAGUGUUACAAAUGUCCCUUGGAGCCAGAUGAUAGGCGAAAGGAAUAUAUUGAUUGUCCGGCUUUCGAUGGAAGUCUCAAAUUUAAAGUUCAAUGUUACACAUCGACAUUUUGUGAGAAAAAAAUUACUCACUUAACAAUUGCCAAUGGAACGACAAUAACGAGAGUCGUUCAUCGUGGUUGCGCACCGCAAAAUGACCCCGAACAUUAUUUAAAAAAUAAACAAUGGGAACUCAGGGAUAAUAUUCAACGAUAUCUUUAUGAGCCAGGCUGCGUUCAAGAUAUCGAUAAAAAUUCACCAACUGGUCCAGCAACAUAUUGUUAUUGCAAUACACAUUAUUGCAAUGGAAUUUCAUCUCUUCAUUUUACAUCCAAGUUAAUUAUUUUUAUUCCCCUGGCAUUAGUUACUUCAUAUUUAUUAUAGAUUUAAAAAGAGAAGGAAAAAAAAAAUUCUAUCACAACUAAAAACAAUGAACAUAUAGAAUAUUUUUCUAAACUUUAAAUUUUCAUUUCAACCUCCUUUUCUUAGAAUUUAAGUGUAAAUUAUUUUUCUACUCAAGGGUCGAGCGAGAGAGAGAGAGAGAGA